GACGUCAUCGUUCCUCGUGCAUGUGCUCACACAAUCACACAACUUGUCAUUUACUACGAUAAAAGUCAGUAAGUCUGCUCUACACACACAGCUGACACAUAAAAGUAUCAACUCAACAGAUUUCCAAAGAUUGCCACGUAAUUCACCGAGGGCAUAACAAUAUCGUAGCAUUUAAUGAAGAUUAAGCGAUAAAAAAGUUGUUCAGUGCCUUGUGAGGUUAAUUGCAUUUGUUCGAAGUAAUGGGAUCAUCACAGAGUCUCGAGAUACCUGGUGGUGGUACGGAGGGCUACCACGUUCUGAGGGUACAGGAGGGCUCACCUGGACAGCAGGCUGGACUCGAGGCCUUUUUUGACUUCAUUGUGUCUAUCGGGAACACCAGAUUAGACCAAGACAAUGACACUCUCAAAGAAAUCCUGAAAACAAAUGUCGACAAGGAGCUCCUAGUGACUGUCUACAACAGUAAAACCCAGUCUAUCAGACAAACGACAAUCGUUCCAAGCAUGACGUGGGGUGGUCACGGGUUGUUGGGCGUCAGCAUAAGAUUCUGCUCAUUCGAGGGAGCAAACGAGAAUGUCUGGCACGUUCUCGAGGUCCAUCCAUCAUCUCCAGCUGAGCUGGCUGGUCUCAAACCCUUCACUGAUUACAUUAUCGGAGCUGACUCUGCCCUCCACGAGAGUGAGGAUCUCUUCACUUUGAUCGAGGCACACGAAUCUAGACCACUGAAACUUUAUGUUUAUAAUACAACUGAUGAUUCGUGUCGAGAAGUGACCAUCACUCCCAACACGAGGUGGGGAGGGGAGGGAAGCCUUGGCUGUGGUAUUGGGUAUGGAUAUCUGCAUAGAAUACCCGUGAGAAGUGUCCCUGAGAAUAAACCGAGUCAGAAUCAUUCAUAUCAGCCGAACAUGGCAAAGAUUCCAGUAGCUGCUCAACCACCCCCAGCGCAAUACACGGUCCCAAUGAUGCCUUCGACUCCAGCAUCACCACCGAACCCUGUUGUGACAGCGAUACCUCCAGGAUUCUCCAUCCCGUCGAGCUACGUCUCAUCAGGAAUAUCCCCAGAUCCACAAGAAUCAGGAAUAACGAAAGCCACUAUUUCCUCAGCGUAUUCCAUACCGUCAGCUGUACCUGCAGGCCCCCCAGGAAUCAAUGUCGAUCCUAAACUUGUGGGUGCGUCGACUACUACAGUGAUGGCGUCUCCUGGGCAUUACUUCGCGCAAUCCAACAGUUCUCAUCCAAGUUUUGGACAAGCGACGACUCCUCCGGAGACCCCUCUGAUACCAGGAAUGCCACCAGUGGCUGUUUCAUCAAUGCCACCAGUGGCUAUUCCAUCAAUGCCACCCCUGCAGCCUCUGAUGAACCCCGUACCUCCACCAAAUCCAAUAGCUCCACCACUGUCCUCUCAGAUUGUAACCACUCCCCUGAAUCUCCCUGGGAUGCCCCCACUGACGGUGAGCGCCAGUCUACCGCAGUCUCCACCAUUUCAUCCCUCUCUCAUAGACCACACACCCCUGACCACUAGCACUAACGUUAAUUUAUCACCUUCUGCGUCGGUAUGAGGAGCGAUUAAUUUCACCGGACUUUAAAUUAUUUAAUCAGUGUGGAAGUUUCUGACUGGAUAUUUGAUCGGCGGUCGGGUUUCGGGGGAGUGAAGAGCGAAUUUGAUUUUGUCCUGAAUCGAAUUAUGUUGAAUUUAUUAAUCUAAUGAGAAGUCCUAAGAGAAAAAUACUGAGAAGUUUUUAUGCAACAUUGUUUUUAUUUUAGAGGAAAUAUUUGUUGGCAAUUGCAAAAUUUAAUAUCUUCAUUCAUGAAGAAUCAUCACAAUAAUUUUGACAACAUCUUAUACUCAAAAUAAAUUUCAAAAAUUCCACAACCAUUAUUCAGUCAGAAAUUUUCACCAGUGGAUAUGAAAAAAAUGCUAUGUAUUUUAUAUGCGAGUGUGUAUAUAUAUCAUGACAGGUUCAGUUUUCAAAAGAAUGAUAAAAAAUCAAUCGAAAUAUUUAGUAUUUCCCAACAAUUAAUAAUGGAAUUCUAUUUAAAAAAUUCCAGUUCUAUUCAAUGUCCGUUAAUUUGUUUAACAAGUAUUUUCCAAAGACGUCAAUAGACCUUUAGUUUAGGUACAAAGACAUUGAAUAAAACCUUUUGUUCAAUUUUAUUUUUGUUUUUUACAUUCUUAUACUAACAAACUGUUAAAAAAUGAAUUCACUUUAUUUUUUAUUCUGUUGUAUCAGUUGCCCUCUUGACUAGGGCAUUUUACAUUUGAAUGAUAUAUAUUUCGAAAAUCCUCUUGUCAAUCGAAAAUUGGGUCCUUUUGGUACAUGUACACUCCUGCAUAUUCAUUCUCCCCCGUCUAUUUCAAUAAUUAGUCAGUGCAUCUCCACUCGCAAUAAUCAGUAUGUAAAUAUAAACAACCGUGUUUGCGCCUGAGGAACCCACUCUGUGGGACUUUGUAAACAAAAAAAAUGAAAUAUACGCAGCAGAAAGAAUUUAUAACAUGAUCAUUGUCUCCAAUAAACAAUGAUGUUAUUCAUAAAAA